UCAUGCCGUAUGUGUAGUGUUGCUGUGUCAGUGUGAGUGGUGCUUGCUUGCUCUUUCGUUUACUCUUUAUCAAUAAAAAUGGCCGGCAAUAACACAUACAGACUGCGCUGCUCGCUCCCCGCGCACGAGAUGGAUGUGCGCGGUCUCGCCGCCGCGGCGUAUCCUGACGGAGCGUUUGUAUCAGUGUCCAGAGACCGAACCGCCCGGGUCUGGGUACCGGACUCGAGCAGUGAAAACAAUGGAUUUAUGGAAAUGCUCUGUAUGAAUGGCCAUGCCAACUUUGUGUCCUGCGUGUGUAUCAUUGCUCCAACUGAAACAUAUCCCAGAGGACUCAUUGCUACCGGAGGACAUGACAACAACAUCUGUGUGUUUUCAUUAGACCGACCGGAUCCUCUCUUUACACUCAAGGGUCACAAAAACACAGUUUGUACGCUCUCUGCUGGCAAGUUUGGCACAUUACUGAGUGGCUCAUGGGACACGACAGCCAAAGUCUGGCUUAGUGAAAAGUGCAUGAUGACGUUACAGGGACACACGGCAGCCGUAUGGGCUGUGGUUAUUUUGCCAGAACAGGGCUUAAUGCUUUCAGGAUCAGCUGACAAGACGAUCAAAUUAUGGAAAGCUGGUCGCUGUGAGAAUACUUACACUGGUCAUGAGGAUUGUGUGAGAGGACUUGCGGUGAUAAACGAAGUGGAGUUUCUCUCCUGCAGUAAUGAUGCAAGUAUUAGACGAUGGAUGGUGACGGGUGAAUGCGUGCAGGUUUACUAUGGUCACACUAACUAUAUCUACAGCAUUUCGGUCUUCGCUAAUGGACAAGACUUCAUAAGUACAGGAGAGGACAGAACUGUCAGAGUCUGGAAGAAGGGGGAAUGCUGUCAGACUAUCCGUCUACCUGCUCAGUCCGUGUGGUGCUGCUGUGUCCUGCCUAAUGGAGACAUUGCUGUUGGUGCCAGCGAUGGUGUAAUCCGUGUGUUCACUGAGAGCGAGGAUCGUGUAGCCAGCGCCCAGGACUUGCAGGCUUUUGAGGAUGAGCUUUCCAAAGCCAUCAUUGAUCCCAAGACUGGAGACUUGGGUGACAUUAACAUAGAGGAGUUACCAGGCAAAGAGCACCUGAAUGAACCAGGGAAUCGUGAUGGUCAGACUCGACUCAUAAAGGAGGAUUCAAAUGUUGAGGCGUAUCAGUGGAGCAUGAGUGAUGGGCGCUGGGUAAAGAUCGGGGAUGUAGUUGGUGGGUCUUCUAAGCAGAGCUCAAAUCGAGUGAUGUACGAAGGCAAGGAGUACGACUUCAUCUUCACCAUUGAUGUGAAUGAAGGAGGUUCACCCUUGAAACUGCCUUACAAUUUGAAAGAUGACCCCUGGCUGACUGCUCACAACUUCCUGGAGAAAAACGACCUGAGCCCCAUGUUCCUGGAUCAGGUGGCUAACUUCAUCAUUGAGAACACUAAAGGCCACACGUUGGGUUCGGCGCCAACGGGCACAGACCCCUUCACAGGUGCUGGGCGGUACAUCCCAGGUUCAGGAAUCGACAGCCAGGGAUUUGGAGCAGAUCCGUUCACAGGAGCAGGAAGAUAUAUACCUGGGUCAGGAUCCACAGGCACGUCGACUUCAGGCGUUGCUGAUCCUUUCACUGGUGGUAGUGCCUAUUCCUCUGCCUCCCGCCAGAAAACUACAACAAACAUUUACUUCCCGAAUAUUGAUGGUGUUAUGUUUGAACAGGCUAAUGCCACUCAGAUUCUUGGUAAGCUUCGGGAGCUGAACAACUCCGCUCCUCAAGAUCAUAAGCUGAGCGAGGCAGCACUGGACAGUUUGGAGAAGCUGUUGUUCAUAGUUACUGAUCCGAAGAAGGAACAGCCCACUGCAGAGCAGAUCGGUGUUCUUUGGAAGGCCAGCCAUUGGCCAGAGGAUAUUGUCUUUCCUGUAUUGGACAUCCUGCGAUUGGCUGUGCGGCAUCCUGAGGUCAACGCCCAGCUUUGCGGUGGAACUGAGGGCGCCAGUCUUUGUAACCAUCUCCUGGGUCUCAUGUCCCCCGACGGCAGGCCUGCAAACCAAAUGCUUGCACUGCGUACGCUGUGUAACUGUUUCUCUGGGUCCCACGGUCGCGCUCUCCUUUUGGGCCAACGCGACGCAGUGCUCUCCCGGGCCGGAGACCUUCGCACAGUCUGCAACAAGAACAUCCACGUUGCUGUGGCCACCCUGGUGCUGAACUACGCCGGAAGGUUGUACGGUCAACCGGCCGAGAUCGAAGCAAAGGCACAGUGCUUGUCAGUGGCUAGCACUGCCUUAGAGGUAGUACAGGACAAAGAGGCUGUCUUCAGGCUGCUGGUGGCCCUGGGGACCACAGUGGCUGGAGACGGCACAGCAAAGGACCUUGCACGAUCUCUGGGUGUCCGUUCUCAGAUUUCGAAAUAUGCUGGUGUCCCGGAUCCAGCUAAAGUGGGGGAGUGCUGUCGACUAUUGCUCGAUGAACUGCAGUGAUGUCACAGAGGGGGUCAGGUGAUCCAAAUGUAACCAACUUCCAUCUCCAUACCUUUAUGAUAUCUGUCGCUCCUCUUCUAAAUCUCUUAAGCCUCCUUACCAUUAGUUUGUAUUUAAAUUUUCACAUUUUGAUGAUGAAUGGUAAUGAAUGAAUGCAUGAUGUGAAUAAACACUGGUGAUUUAAUCCAA